AUGUCACACCGGAAGCGUCUCUUGACUAAUGUAGCAGCAAGGGCUGAUGAACCCAAGAUCCGCAGGUCAGAUGGUAGGCUUCUGACUGCAGAAGCGAAUCCAACUUCAGCAGAGACUGAUAGAACCCUGAAGAUUAUGGUCCUUAAAUACACUUCAAGCAUGGAACCCAUCCUCUGUGGCUCAACUUUCAUCCAAAUGCUAGGCAGGCAAUUAUAUGGGACUAGAAAGAUGAAUAAAAAUAAACUGAUUCAUGAUUUCCUGGAGGUAGUUUCAAAAGGUGAUGUGGAAGUCAUCUGUGACCAUAUUACAAAAGUCCACUCCAUGCUUGGCAGUCUUGACUUUCAGCACCCAACGACUGGAAAUACACCUCUCAUCACUGCAGCAGAAGAAAAUUUAACAGAGGUUGUUGGAUUUCUUCUGGAAAAAGGAGCAGAUAUCACCCUUUGCAACUACAGCAAUCAAACGGCAGUCCACGUAGCUAACUGCUCUAUCCAAAAACAGCUUCUCUUGGCCACUCAUGGAAUCCAGGCUCCCCAAAUGCAACUUCUACAAAGUUCAUGGAAAGGUGAUCUCAAACAACUUCAACACUUGCUGGCAUCAGAGAAGGUCCUGGAUAUCAACUUCCCAAACCAGCAUGGCUUGACCGCCCUGAUGUUGGCUGUGAGAGACGUGGACCUAUUUGAGAGUCUCGACAUGCUAACAAUCUACAGGCCUGUGGAAGUUCUGUCCGAGCUCCUCAGACAUCGCGCAGAUCCUAAACUCUGUGAUUUUAGAGGAAAGUCAGCGAUACAUUAUGUGUCACAAAUAAAGAGUUUGAGGAAACAACAGUUACUGGACAUUCUAAUGAAUUCUAUGCCAAAACCAGAAAGACAUGCUGAAUCAUUGCUUGACAUUUGUCAUGAUACAAACUCUUCUCCAAAUGAUAUGAUGACAGCCAAUCAAAAUCAAAACAUACUCUUGCAAAGUCUCAGCAGCAGUGAGUAUUUUGACCAAGAUGGAAGUUGCUUUAGAAGUUUGGUGGUGAACAAACAAGAUAGUGAAUCGGGUGGAAGUCAAAUGGACACCCAACCCCCAACCUUGGAAGGUGUUGAGAUUAUUGUUACUUUUCCAGGAGAUGUCUGUCAUCCCCAAGAAAGGAAUCAAGAAGAUCCCAAAGAAAACAAUCAGAAAACCUUAGCACAUCAAGAAUGGACACGAGCACAUUCUGUUUCUUUCCCCAGUGAAAUUGAGAUGGUGGCGCCGAGGACAAAGACUCUGGGGAUGCAGUCUUUCAUUCUGGAGAAAGAGGAGAGUUCCAGGGAGCUCUGUGAUGUGGAUUUGGGCUUCGUGUUGCCAAGAUCUUGUUUAGAACCAAACAUCUCCAAGUCUGUAACCAGAGAAGAAGCUCCUCACUUAAUAAAGGCGAAACAAAGAAAAUCUGAAGAGUUUUCUAUCCCUGAUAUGAAGCACAGCAGCAGGAAAAUUGAGUUCCCACUCCCGCCAUUGUCACUCCUGCCCAGGAGAUCUGGCCUUCUUACCAUCCCCCCAAAUCACAAGGUUCAAGUAGAGAGAGAAAGACAUAUUCCAAGUCUCCUAUCCUUUGUACCAAGUAUCUCAGAGCCCAUUAGUCGAUCUGAUGAGUUUAGAUCAUCAAACAAGCAACAGGAAGCUCCAUGUAAGGUGUUUGCCGAUCAGACUCUCAGAUCAUCUGAUAGCUCCAUUUGGUCCAGAAACAUGUGCUCUUUUCGGAAGGCUAACUUUCACAGAAUACACCUAGAACUGGAGAAGAAUUGGAAUUCCAAGGAAACAGAAGGAUGUGACAAAAUUGAAAGAUCUCACUUGGAAAAAGGAGGGUCUUUGGAGUUCUUUGAGAAUUUUAAGGAAGAUCCUAUUUCCACUGAUAUGGAAGAGGACAUUGGCUGUCAUGGAAGUGAAAUGAGAAAAGCAGAAGAGAACACUCAAUAUCUUUCAUCAAGAAAUAAAGAGAGGUCAAUACUCAGAAACUGUGAACAAGAAUCAGAAAUUGCCUGUGUCCUCCUAAGCGAGCUCCAAGAAGCCCAGUAUUCAGAGGUCACUCAAGACCAGGUUGACGAGACUAGAAAUGAUCUCACUGACUCAAAAAUUGCUUCAGUGUAUAAAACAGAAACAAGUGAGCAAAAUCAUGAAGAAUUCCAAGAGUAUCCUGUGCUUAAAAGCUUAUCCAAUAUAAUCCUCGAUGACCCCAUUGAAAAAUUCCCAGAAGGUCAUAGCAGCAUGGAGACAAACAUAAAGCUAUCAGCUGUGGAAGAAACUAAGCCAGAAGUGAAUGAAGUGGUGUCUCUUAUCCGCAUCACUUUCCCUGGAGAUGGAGUCCCCAAGGACCCAGCAGUAGUCAAACCAAGCCUCCAAAAAAGAAAAGGCUGCCUUCAUACCAACAACCAGAGCUUCAAUAUACUUGCACACCAAGAAAAUGACAAACAUAAGAUGAAAACCUAUAGAAAUAAAUUUGAUUCAAAGACAAAGAUAAAUAACAGGACACCUCAGAAUUUCAUGAAUUCCACUGAAGGGUCUACUAAGCCCACCAUGCAUAAAAUGAGCCUAAAAACUCAAGUUUUCCCUGCUUUAGGAUUUGUUGACUCCAGGUCUCAGCAAUUGCCCAAGUUUCACAGAAGGACGCCACAGAUAGAAAAGAAGCAAUCAACUUACAGACCUCUGAAGCCUAAAAGGCCAUCCUUUCCUUGCAUCUGUAAAAAUGCUGUCAUCAAAAAGUCACCUGUUUCUUUUUCUGUUCAACCAACACAACCAAACCUAAAUCACCUAGAUCUUAAGUAUAGUGACAUGUUCAAAGAAAUCAAUUCAACUGGCAAUGGGCCUGGAAUCUAUGAAAUGUUUGGAACCCCUGUUUAUUGUCAUGUAAGAGAGGCUGGACGACAUGAAAACAAAUAUUACCGAGAGAUAUGCUCAGCUCCAUCUGGCAGAUGUGUCACUAACAAAUGUCGAUCCUCACACAGUGAGAGGAGCAACAAUAACAGAACCAGACAUGCUCAGAAAAGAUCACAUAGUAAACCCCCAAAUACUUCUCUUGGCAUUAAACAAAAGCACAAAGUUUUAAUUUCCAAAGAAAAGAGUUGCAAGCCAAUAGCUAGAGACCUAGAAGAUACUGAAAAUGAAGAGGUUGUUGCAGAACAAGAUUGGCAGGUGAAGUCUUCAGGAAAUGAGUUUUCAUCUUUCAAAGAUGAUGUUCAGCCCAUGAAACUGGCUCAGUAUCCUCAGCAGUCCAUUGAACAGAACGAAUUCCUUCCUAUUUCAGAUUUGUCCAUUGUUGCAGAGGUCUCUAUGGAAGAGUCUAUCAAUGAGGGACAAAUUUCUAAUAAUCAAAUACUUGCCUCAAGCCUCAGAGAUCUUCAUGAACUUGAAGACCUACAUCAUCAGAUCUCAUUUGUCUCUUCAGAAAACAGCUGGGCAAUGCCCAGUGAUAAGAAUUCUAACAAACAUGUAUUGCAAAAAAAACAGAAUGAAGUAUCUCUUGGUAAUUUAAAAACCAAUCAAAUUUUAACCGACAGUCUAGAAUUUGAUAGUAUUUCAAAUAAGUCUAAAGCACUCAUGAACUUCUCUUUCCAUGAGAAGCAAGAAAGUGCAACUUCUCAAAGAUAUCAAAACUGGGCACAUUCUUUGGACCCUGAUAGUUUAGCAAAUAAGUCAAUUACAUAUCAAAUGUUUGGGAAAUCUUUAAAUGAUGAUCAUUCAAUUUCCCAAGAAAUUCUGGACUCUGUAAGGAAUGAAGAAUUGACAGAUGAACUCUUAGGUUGUCUAGCUGCAGAACUAUUGGCUCUCGAUGAAAAGGACAACUCUUGCCAAACAAUGGAAAAUGAAACAGAUCCUGAAAGUCUAAAUCUUGACUUCAGUGAGAGAGGAACUACCACACAAGAACUGGACCAAGAGGCAACAAAAGUCAAACUACAGAGGUACAGUAAUGGGUUCAGAAUUUAUGACAGGGAAGAGAAAUUUCUCAACACAAAUGAAAAGAAGACAUUUUCUGAAAAUAGUUUAAAGUGUGGAGAGCCUGUCCUAUGGACCAAGGGUGAGAUCCUUGGGAAGGGAGCCUACGGCACAGUAUACUGUGGUCUUACUAGUCAGGGACAGCUAAUAGCUGUAAAACAGGUGGCCUUGGAUACCUCUGAUAAAUUAGGGACUGAAAAAGAAUACAGAAAAUUGCAAGAAGAAGUAGAUUUGCUCAAAGUACUGAAACAUGUCAACAUCGUGGCCUAUUUGGGGACAUGCUUGGAGGAGAACAUUGUGAGCAUUUUCAUGGAGUUUGUUCCCGGUGGUUCAAUCUCUAGUAUUAUAAAUCGUUUUGGUCCAUUGCCUGAGAUGGUGUUCUGUAAAUAUACAAAACAAAUUCUACAGGGUGUUGCUUAUCUCCAUGACAACUGUGUGGUGCAUCGAGAUAUCAAAGGAAAUAAUGUCAUGCUCAUGCCAACCGGAAUAAUAAAGCUGAUCGACUUUGGCUGUGCCAAGCGUUUGGCCUGGGCAGGUUUAAAUGGCACUCACAGUGACAUGCUUAAGUCCAUGCAUGGGACUCCAUAUUGGAUGGCCCCGGAAGUUAUCAAUGAGUCUGGCUAUGGAAGGAAGUCGGACAUCUGGAGCAUUGGCUGCACUGUGUUUGAGAUGGCCACGGGCAAGCCUCCGCUGGCCUCCAUGGACAGGAUGGCUGCCAUGUUUUACAUAGGAGCGCACCGAGGACUGAUGCCGUCUUUGCCGGACCGCUUCUCAGAGCAUGCAGUGGACUUUGUGCGUGUGUGCCUAACCAGGGACCAGUACCAGCGGCCUUCUGCUCUCCAGCUCCUCAAGCACUCCUUCUUGAAGAGAAGUCACUAA